AUGUUCAGUGGGGCAUACGACAACCUCAAGGCAACUCUAGCAUAUAGCGUAGGAUUUGGAUCUACCGACACGCUUGGCCGCAGGCGAUGGCUACUCUUCACACUACCGUUGAUGAGCCUGUUUCUCAUGGCGGCAGCUAUUGCGUACAACGACAAUUUCUCAAAGGGUAUAGAGGCUCGAGACAUCGUGGGAACGGUCUUCGUAUUCUGUUUCGUGGCUGCUUAUGCCACUGGCCUAGGACCGAUCCCAUUUACUUUAGCUUCUGAGAGUUUCCUAUCAUCUCAUCGUGAAGCAGGGGCCUCUGUCGCCAUUACUAUGAACCUCUUCUUCGCUGGUCUUCUCUCCAUCUUAUUGCCAGAAAUCUAUGAUGCCUUUCAUGCAAGAGGAACACUGGGAGUUUUCUCCGUCCUCAAUGUCAUCGCAUUCAUCCUCGUCCUCUUCUUGAUUGAAGAGACGAGCAGCCGUAGCCUGGAAGACCUUGAAACGGUCUAUAAGCGCCCAAAGAUCCAACUGGUGAUGUGGGUAUGGCAUGAACAGCUUCCUUACUUUGUGCACAAAUGGAUCCUUUGGAGAAGGAAUGCUGAGGAACCUGUGCCAUAUGAUAGCUACGGUGGGGAGAGACUCGAUGGUGAAUCAGAAACAGAAAUGGAGAGCUUGGGAGAAGCACGAUAA